UGCCCGGGAAGAGACCUCCCGGCCAGCCUCAGUCUCCGGGAUGCUGGGGGCGGCGAUCGUGAUUCUACCCCCAUUCUCGUGGCGCUCCGAUAACACGGUUCAACUGAUUGCAGCGCGGUCCCGCUUGCUCCUCGCCAACCACUCGAAUUAGCCCCUCGGUCUCUCGUCUCGCUCUUCACGCUCGCACGGUUUCUCGCGCGCGCGAGUAGAGAACCCGGGCUCGUUGUCUCUCCCUUGAACGGGUCCACCCUCUGUUGGCGCUGCCGCCACCGCUGCGUCCGUCCAUCCUUCCUGUCUCUCUUCCUCUCGUUCUCGCUCUCUCUUCCUCUCUCAUUCUUUGCCUCUUUCUCUCUCUCGUUCUCUCUCCAGAGAUACCAAUCCGCCUUCCGUCCCUUCUCCGCGUCCACGCUUCACACCCUUUUCCGUCGAAGCCGGGACGCAGUCACCGCGAGAGCUUCAGCCAACCGCCUCUGGCAGGAACUCGUGAGACGAGACGAAAUCCACGAUGGUGGGUGGUGGUGACUGUAAGGUCGCCACCGUGGAGGUGGAGGCGGCCCCGGCUGGUGACAACACCGCGACACUUCCGGUCACCAGGCCGCUGAAUCCACAAAACUCGUCGCCGAAUGCACAGGACAAUGCGGAGAAGAACAACGCCGCGAACAAAGAAGUGGAGCUGAAGAGCGUGCGAUCGUGCCCGAUAAAAAAAACAUCUCUCUUCAUCAUUAUGAGCUUUAUCUAUGCGAAGCUGCUCGUAGUCGUAUGCAUCGCCUACGUGAUAAGCGAAGUGGUAACGCACAAGCUGCCAUUGUACUACUACGAGGGAUUCUUCACGUACCUGUACGGCAUGAGUAUCUUGUUCCUGUUGUACGUCUUCUGCUUCCUGCUUCAAGAAAGCGCCUGCUGUGCGAGAGGAAGUGACACGCCACCGCCACCACCGAGGCCUCCCAAGACUGGCUGGACUGCUAAAGAACCUAAGGACAAGAGCAAGAAGAAGGAUAAGAAGGAGAAGGAAAAGGAAAAGCAAUCGAAAACCAAAAAGGAACCUCCUCCUCCUCCUCAGGAUACGACCGAUGUUGAAGCUGGCGUAGCCACACGAGCGUUACGAAAGCGGAAGACUUCGCAAAAUGAUCAUAGCCAUGGAAGUUUCUUCCUCCGAAUUGGCGCGAUUGCUUUUGGACUGGGUACUAUGGUAUACAACGGUUUGGAGUUUGGUGCAUUCUUCGAGGUGCCGCCUACAUCACCCUGCUAUCAGAUAUUACAGGGCGUCAACCCAGUACUGCAAAUGAUCUUCACCUUUAUGCAAAUGUACUUCAUCUUUAUGAAUUCUCGACUGAACAUCCAUCGCUUCAAAGUCAUCGCCCGCUUCGGUCUGAUGCACGUGGUCGCGACGAAUCUCUGCGUAUGGAUACGCACGCUGGUUCUCGAGAGCCUCAAGGAGAUCACUCAGUAUCACAAAAAACUAGGCCAGGUUCAGGCUGGGAUUCUCGAGAGCAUUAAACAGCACUCGAUGCGAAAUGCCGGAGCCAUAUUGGGUACCGAGCCGCGCGACAUGGCACAAUUACGAGAGGCCCCUCUUACGGCCUCUUCGAGGUCGACGACCGUCGCAACGACCACCAGCACAGCUGUGACUGCUUUGGGCCGCGUGAUGACAACAACGGCGAGAUCGAUCGCGGAUGCGUUCACCUCUACGCCAAAUCCUGUAUCUACGACCUGGACGACCCCAUCGACCACGACACCAUCAACCACUAUCUCCGUGCUGCCCAAUCUGACAUCUAGCACGGCCACGACCUUGUCUACUCUUCUAACUACGUUCACGCCAUCGACUACCAGCACUACUACUACUACUACUGAGAGGAUCACCACUAUCCCGACUACAACGAGCACCACAACCACCACACCAUCUACCACCACGUACUGGUCGCAAAUCAUGGAACUGAUGAACACGCCGCAAGCUGACAUGGACAACCAGGUACCGCAGAUCUUUGAUGUAAGCAACCUGACAAACAGCAGCGAGUAUUGGACUCCGAAUUUGGGGAUUUACGCGGAGGCGCUGACGGAGGACGGCACAGUAUCGAACUCGUGCGGACGUGUCAAUAUCAUGGGAACUAUCGUACAGGACGCGGCACCGUAUCUGUUCCCGUUCAUAAUCGAGUACAGCCUGAUCGGAGCAGCAGUCAUCUACGUCAUGUGGAAGCACAUUGGCCGGCAUCCGCGUUGGCCUCAUCAGAGCGAGACGGAUCUUGAACGUUGCUUGGAAGCUAUACUGUCUCGAAGGGCCGUGGCUCUUGCACAUGCAGGUCACGGCAGGGUUGAUUGCGUAGGAGCGAGCAAGGGUCUCUUCUUCGGUCUGCUGCUACUGGUUGGCUCCCUGAUAUGUCUGAUCCUCUUCUUCGUGCUUAUCCACCACCCGGAGCUCGGCUUGCUCGCGAUUUAUCUCGCCGACGUGUCCCAUUGCGUCUUAAUGGCGUUAUCUAUCGUCGCCAUAAUCGUCGGCUUCAUCCGCGUGCAAGGCCUCAGGUUCAAGGCUGAGGAGCAGAGCGACCUCAACGACAUCCUCCUGCGCGUCUCCGCUUUCGGUCUCUUUGUCUACGCCGUCUUCAGCGUGAUCGCCGGCUCGCUCGCGGCCUUCAAGCACGAACCAAACUUGCUGGUGAUGGUGACGGGAUUGCUCUCGGUCGCCCAGGUGGUUCUUCAGAUGCUCUUCAUCUCCGACGUGUCACGUAGGCGAGUUUAUCUACCGGAGCAUGACCGCAGCAAGCCCGGCAGGCAGGUUGUCACUUUCUUACUCAUCUGCAACGUAACCAUGUGGGUGAUCUACACCUUCGAGACCCAGAAGGUCAUCGCUAAUCCGGUGCAGCUCGACUUCUACGGUUUCCUGGCCUGGGCCAUCGUGCAGAGGGUCACUCUGCCGCUAUGCAUCUUCCACAGGUUCCACAGCGCUGUCACGCUCGCCGAGAUCUGGAAGACCAGUUAUAAAGCGCGUCUGGAAUAGACGAAAGGAGGUCUCGUUAUGGUCAAUCGUCCGGAAUGAUCGUCGGUUGGAAGGAAAGAGUGCGCACGAACAGGUCAGGAUGUCGUCAGUCGACGACCAUGAUCAGAUAUUUCGUGUUUCAUCGUUGAUUUCGAGUUUCGAAGGAGCGCAAGAAUGGCUGAUGAGGCGAGCAGCGAUUGAAGAAGAUUGAAGAAGAGAUCGGCGGAUGGGAAAAACUGAAGAACGACGGAUUAAUCGGAAUAAUCAAACGUACAGCGUAUUCAAUACGCCCCUGUUACACGACCAGACCUUCAGAUGAUACUCGUUGAUAAUUUGUUGAAAAAUCCAAGAAGGAUUGAAGAAAAAGUUGGAAGUGGAGAUUUGUCUCAUUGACAAAUCUCUUGUCGACAUCUGAAGAGAUCGUUUCAGUGAUUACGAUCAAGGUCGAUCUGACAUCCUCGUGGAGGAGCUUUCGUGUAAAGUGGAGCCAGACAUGAUCGUGUCGAUCCGUGAACUAUCUUUUUCUGCCUCCGUUUACAUGUAUAUUGCAUUUAUUGUUUAUUCUUUUCUUUGUUUUUUACGUUGUCUUAGCAUUGGUCUAUAGAGACGAGACGAGGAGAGAGGAUGGAUCAAUGACGAUCUGGACGAUCGACGAUCUCAUCGGUGAUCGGACAGGCUUUUGCCGAUUUCGCUCGGCGCAAACGAAGCACAAAACAACAAAGAUAUUAGCAUUUCACCAAGUACGACGCAUUUCCCUUCACCGCGUGUCUCACCUUACACGAUCUCUAUAUACUGCCGCCAAAUUUUCUACUUUUAUAUGUAUACAUUAUAUGUACCGUAUAUGUACCCUCGCCCCAUAUUGUGCAUCAGGAGCAUUGUAGACGAUUCGGUUCACUCACGAGGAUUUAGAUUGUCCGAUAUUGCCCGGCAAUUUUCUUAUUUUACUCAUUAUACGGAAUAUAUAAUAUAUUGGAUCGCGCUGUGAUACACUUUUGUGAAAACUUGAGUCGGCGUUAGCGACGAGUCUCUUUCUAUUCGUAACAUUAACUAAAUAUUUCAUAUUUUUAUAAGUCAUCGAUAUUUAGCGCAGACGUGAUUUUAGCUUCUAUGUUUAUCGCGUUUGGUUCGCGCUCUCUGCUGCAUCUUACGAGACGCAUUAAUUGCUUCGAAAACCAGAAUUCGUCGUAUUAAAUGAUCAGCUGGCCGUUCGAAGCGAAUGCGAUUUCGUUUUCGCGGUCGGCGCAAGUUUAUCGAGAUAAUUUCGCAUAAUUGCUAAAACGGUGAAUGGAAUCCUCAAAUCCAUUCUCACGACACGUAAUGCAGUCGCGACUAGGACGAACGAGACGAUCGUGAUUGCACCUCUCGCGAUCGAGGUCUGGCGAAAUCUCGAGAGACUCGGCGCAGAACAGGGUAAUUUCGCAGUGCUGUUUUUCGCUCGACGCAGGCAAAUCGAGCGACGUCUCAGUCUCGCGACAGGUCCCUUUAUUCUCGAGUGACUUCAGCCGAGACACGAAUGUCUCCUCGCGCCGUUCAUGAGCGCGCAAUUAACGAGAGAUCCGUCCCUUCAAAAGGGACACGCACUCGAACGAUCUCCACCGUUGUUUCACGUUGCGUGCCGCGGAGUACAAAAUUGUUUUUGAAGAUUUUCGAAUCUUUUUAUCGACACUUUUCGGAUAUUCGCGCUCCUCGUGCGAACGCGCUUCACAUCUUUGUCGCAUCUUCAUCGCGAGCAGCUGGCACGAAGCACGCACAAUUCGAAACGUCAUUGAACGGAAACGGUGAGGAAGAGAGGAAGGCUGCGUUCCGAGCCAACACGAGCGACUUGUAGGUACAGGGACGGCAUUUCUGUUUCGGAUUCGCCGAGUACGCUGAACGGCAUGCACCCGAGACUUCUCGCAAAUGUAAGCGGAAAUUACGCGCUACGAUGCAGAUUGUGUGACUAAGGCGUGGAUGCAUGGAGCAGUGGAAAUCAUGUCAGGGAUGACUUCGCAUCGAAGAGGCUUAUUUGCAACGGAAAGCGACUCGUACGUGUUUGUUCUUUCAACUACGCGCGGUCUGGCGGUUUGAACGCCGGUGCUUUCCAUUGCGAAUGGCUUAAUUCUUUGAGGGGCGACGGUGCAGCUUGUGUACAACUUUCACGAUUAGAUACGUAUAAGAUAUGUAAAUGCAGGUGCCACCACUUUUCGUGCGUUUCUAUGUUGGUGCGAUGUGGUUUGAUUUGUGAACUACAGUGCCUAAGUUCCGCACUCUAGCGUACUGUUUCCUCUUUCGAAGGGCCUGCACAAGAAAAGCAAAUGAAUACGCUGAUUUUCUCAGCCCCUGAAAGAGUUAAGGGAGGGAGAGUUUGGAGAUAGAAAAAAAACGAAGACUAUAAUUGGUACACGCGAAUAGAGGAGCUCGCACUACUCACGAAAUAUAAGAGAUAAUUAUUACUAUCAUUAUUGAUUAGUAUUUAAGCUUAUCUCGAAGAGAUAUCUCGAUCUUUCGCAUUUACUACGCUAUUGAUAUCGUACGUAGGUCGUUGAGAAAGAAAAAAACGUUCAUCGUAUAGAGAAUAUACUUUGUGAAUUCCUCCAUUUAAUCCUUGUGAAAAUAUUCCCUCCUUUGGAAAACAAGUCACACAUUCAACAUUGAAUUUUAUUCAAUAAAAUUUAUCGAUCGUUAUAAAUUUUAUUAAAUAGACUUCCUCACAAAGGGAAAACAAUGAUGCACUUGAAAGAUACACUUGAAAUCCUGACGAAAAUCGCAGUUACACACCAGUCAACGUAUUUAGCUUUCGAGUCUAAAUAUUUUAAUUAUUAGAAAUAAUAUAAAUAGUAAUAUAAGAGCAAGAGGGAUGCGCAAGGCGCAGGAGGAAUGUUGUUGCACCGGAAGCUUACCGAAAAGCAACCGUUAAAAUUAAUUAAAACGAUCGAUUAUACAUAAUUAUAAUCCAAGAACGACAUUACAAUACGAGAUAUAAAAAUAUAUAUAUAGAUAUAAAUAUAAAUAAAUAUAUAUAUAUAUUAUGGAGACUUGUACUAAUAUCAAUGUGUGCAACUGUAGAUGAAGUGCAAUGUGUAAAUAACGAUAAUCGUUCUUCGUCAAUAAAUUAUUGUCUAGCAGAGUGUCUGUGAAAGAAUGUAAUAUCAUCAGCACAGCGAUGCAAAUUUUUCCUUCGCGCGCGGAUAGAAUUUUAAUUUCUCGACUGUCAAUCUACGAUUGCAUCAUGUCACCACGAAAUGUAUAAGCUGAUAUUUCCAAGAUUGCUUGUAUGACGUUGCACCCACACGUAAAGUAUGUAAUGUAUAAACACAUAUAACGUAUAUAUAUAUAUAUAUAUUUUAACGUAGAAAGAAAAACAAUAUAUAUAUAUAUAUAUAUCAAUAGAAAAAUUAUAUGUACGAACUUCUAUGAAUCAAAACAGUAAUCAUGCAUUUCACUUUUCUCAUAAGAGAUUUCCAUCGAAAGUAGGUAAAUCAGCUUAUAUACAUAAAAACCUAUUAAGUCAUUUAGAGAGAAAUUUACUUCUUACGACAAACUGUGAAAAAAGAGAAUUUUCUCACAGCGAAGGAAUCUUUUCACCGACACUCUGCGCGAUCACCAAUUUGAUCGCAAUCACGGACAGAAGAAAUAAAAUCACGAUGACAUAGCAAGAGCUCAGCGAGAGUUAAAUUAAAUCAACAAGGCACUGCCACACCGGACCAACAAAGCCGAAACGAAUGAUAGAAGGGAUUCGGAGAGGGGAAAAAAAGAGAAAGAAAGAGAAACACGCAAAAGAGAAAAGAGAACCAAUAAUCCUUUAUCGAUUUCCCAUAAAGAGAAGCUAAAUAAAGAGAAGAUAUAUAUGAAGUCAAAGAACCUUCCACGUUUAAUUCGAAUGCGAACGAGUGCGUAGUUCCGAUGUACGUGUGCGUGAUGUGAGAGUGACAGAAGAGAAAAAGGAAGCGAACGACAAGAAAGAUAGACGGAGGGAAAAGAGAGCGAGACAGUGCGGAUCGUUCUUCUUCGGCGAACAACGUCUUUGUAUACUCUACCCAUGUUGUAAGGAGAAAAGCCACGAUUCUUGUAUAUGUACAUCAAUAUCUCGAUAGUAGCCGUAAGCCUAACUAAUGAGUCGCGAAUUUGCACUGGGGCCAACAGCCUGAACGCAGCGGAGAUUCCAAGGGUUCAAUCGCAAAGCGAUUGUGCGCUUGUAUUUAUUCAUUUAUUUAUUUUUCGUUCAUUUGAGUCCGCAGAAAUCAUUCGUGCGAAUUUAUUGCGAGCAUCAGCCUAUUUAUUGCAUUAGUUUUCAUUCACAUAGUUGAUAUUUAUUGUACGCAUAAUUGUGGCAGUAUUAUAAAUCCGGUUUUGUAGAAAUGAUUCAAUUGCAAACGCAGCGGCCGAUUGGCGACUGUGAUUGGCGUAAUUCUCUUGCGACAACUGCAUUGAUUUAUAGAAUUGCGUUUUGAGAUUCCUGAGUUAAUGACACGUUCGCGGCAACUUCGCAGCUCCGAGUUGCGAGUUCUGCAAGAAACGAGCGAGAAAAAAAAAGACGGCGAGGAUUUGCAUAUGCAUACGCGCCGGAAGCAAAUCCGCGACGCAUUAUUAUUUAACAUAAUGUAGUGAGUUUUCGAUGUCUUCGAGUAUAAUUACAGUUUGUACACGUAUACACAUAAUUGUACACAGACAGACAUACACGUACAUGCUAGCACAAGUGACAUCACUCACGGAUCUCCCGGAGACACACUGUAUCGAAGAGGAAGCGAGGACAAAGGCAGGCACAGAACGGAAGAAGUUAACAUUUCGUCAGAAAGAAGGCGAUAAUGGCAGGCAGGACACAAGAAAAAAAAAUAAAAGUAUAAAUUACGUGUUAUGGUGUAAGCAGUUCUUCGAAUGUCGAGUAGCGACGAUACGUCUGUAAAUUCGUGAAUUCGCUCAUUCAUCGAUUCCUAUUUUCAUUGUAUACCGUUAACAAAACCAGUUUCAUUGUAACCCGAGUUGCAUUGGCACAGUCGUUGCCGCAUCAUUUGUAACGAUACACGAUUAUAUUGGUUAAUAAAAGUUAUCUAGACGUAUA